AUGAGUGGUGACGGGUCAAAUUCGAAGCUUACCCGGCGAGAAAUCAGAAAAUCAAGAAUUGAAUCAAAGAAUGCAGCUGGCAAAGCUGAGCGAGAUGGAAUUGUUGCAGGGCAAAAAACCGUGAAAAAAGUGAAAGAGAUAAAGAAGAAGGCGACUUCACCGCCAAAAGUGACACACAAAGAGGAGCUAGAGAAAAUCGCCAAAAAUGAUCCGGAAUUUUUCAAGUUUCUUCGAGAACAAGACGCUGACUUGCUUCAGUUUAACGAAUCAGACGUUGAAUCACUGAGCAGUGAUGAACCUGAUGAAGUGAUAGAUGCACCAGACGACGAUAAAGUAUAUGAUGAAGCGGAUGUUACCAAUAUUCGAACUGAUCAUAAUGGUCGUCGGAUUGUGGACAGUCUGUCCGUUAGUGCACUACGCGAAGCGUUCAUUACAUCGGAGAAAGUACCUCCAUGGGCAGUGCGAACAGCAGUGAAAGCAUUCAUGGCGUGUGUCUCGAGAGUUGGUGCUGACAUUGAACCACCUGCUUUUGUUAUCAACGAUAAUAAGAUAUUCGAAGAAAUAAUCCGAUUAUGUUUUCAACAUCUUGGUCGUGCGUUGUUCGAAGUAUUGGAUCCAAUUGAUGAAAAAUUAUCGGAAAAGAACGGGAAUAUAGAAGAAGAACACACUGAGAACAAGACAGUCAAGUGUCACAGUGUGAACAGUUCGAAGUUCAGAAAAUGGAAGAAAUGGAGUGUAAUCGUGAAACAAUAUCUUCAUGCGGUUUUGUUAUUUCUGAAUGAAGUGCAGAAUACAGAUGUGAUUGUUUGCACGUUACGAGCAAUUGCACAAAUCGUUGAACUGUAUGCUCAUUUUGUGAAACUUUCGAAAAUCCUUAUCAAGAGCGUUGUGAGGAUAUGGAGUCGUAAAACGCUAGAAUGUCGUGUCGCAUCAAUGUUGGUGUUAUGUAAACUUGUGCGUGUCGACAAACUUCUAUAUCCAAGCCUUCUAAAGUGUUGCUAUUUUGCGUACGUUUCGAAUGUACGUGAAGUCAGUGCAGAAACAUGUCUAUUGAUAUCGUUCAUGCAAAAAGCAUUCUCGGAAAUAACACUCAUUUAUCCAUCGAUCAGUUAUCCUUACGCAUUCAUAUAUAUUCGACAAACUGCAAUUCAUCUUCGAAAUGCGAUGAUCGCUAAACGAAAGGAUCUCAUCCAAACAGUCUACAAUUGGCAAUUCAUACAGUGCCUUUAUUUAUGGGCGCAUGUUAUUUCGCGUGCAUUUUCUGUUCGUGACAGUAACGAAACUUCUGCACUGCAUGAACUUGUUUAUCCACUUUGUCAAAUCAUCAUUGCCACAAUGCGAUUAUUUCCAUCAGCAAGAUACGCUCCAUUACGAUUGCACUGUAUCAAAAUUUUGAUGCUUUUACAAGUGAAUUGCCGUAUUUAUGUACCAACUCUGGCACAGUCUAUUCAGUUGUUGGACGAGAUAAAAUUAGUGUUGAAAAAGAAACCGUCGAAAGGGAAAGGAACAAUCAAAUGCCUCGAUAUGAACUGCAUUCUCAAGGCAUCAACUUCACAACUCGAAGAUGCUGGCUUCAGAGAAGCAAUGCUUGAGGAAUUGUUCAAAGUACAGCUCGAAGCUGCAUAUUUGUUACGAUCAAGUUGUGCGUUCUCAGAUGUCAUUUAUCCACUUGAUGGCCAGUUGAAACACUUUCUGAGAGAUUGUCGUAAUGCAGAUGUUGUGAGAUUGUUUAAAUCGUUGCAUAGUAAGUUGCUUGAGCAUGCCAAAUGGAUGGAUGUUAUUGUUGAGAGCAGAGAGGUGGUAUUGAACGAUCAAUUUUGCAUGGCCUCACUGGAAGCAACAUUGAGCACGUCUGAAUCACCACUAGCUAAAUUCUACGAGUCAUGGCAUAAAAUUUGGGCAAUGCAGCAAAAAACUUUGACGCAGUUCAAUACUGUCAAGAAAACGAUGGAAACAAAAGUUGAGUUAAACAGCGAAAGUAUUUCGCAUAAUGCGAGAACAAACGAGGACAUUACUAAAGAAUAUAAGAUUGAAGGGAAUGUCGACGCUAAGGUGAAGAAUGAAGGUAGUAAUGUGAUCGCAGAAAUGAAAGUGAAUGGUACGCAAAAGGUAUCAACUCGCAAGAAGAAACGGAAAACGAAUUUACCUGAAGAAAAGACCGAAAAAAGAGCAAUUGGCACUGAACGCGAUAGAGAUGAACUGAUUGAUUUUGUGAUGUCGGAUUCGGAUUGA